ACUAAAGUACUAAAAAGUCAAAACUCUGACCAAAGGCCUACCAUAGCGAGCGAGGGAAGACAUAAGGAAACGAAAAGCAGCAGAAGCCGCCCAACGUCAGCGACCAUGAUACUCCACAACGCAGUGAUCGUCACUAUGGACUCCGAGAGCCGAGUCUUUCAAAACGGAGCCGUGUUCAUCGACGAAGACAAAAUCAAAGCCAUUGGUCAAUCUCCAGAUGUUCUUCAGCAAUUCUCCCCUCUCGCUGGCGAGAUUCUCGACCUCCACGGCCAAAUCUUGCUUCCUGGAUUCAUCAACACACACGUGCACACCUCGCAGCAGCUGGGCAGAGGAAUAGCCGACGACGUGGAUUUAAUGACGUGGCUACACCAUCGGAUUUGGCCGUACGAGUCCACCAUGACCGAAGAAGACUCUUACAUCUCUACUUUACUUUGCGGAAUCGAACUUAUUCACUCUGGUGUCACGUGCUUUGCUGAGGCGGGAGGGCAGCACGUGAGCGGAAUGGCGAGAGCGGUUGAGUUGCUGGGAUUACGAGCCUGCUUAACAGAAUCAAUUAUGGACUCUGGGGAGGGUCUACCGUCGUCUUGGGGGAUGAGAACAACGGAUGACUGUAUUGAGUCCCAAAAGAUGCUCUAUGAGAAGCACCAUAAUACAGCGGAUGGUCGUAUUAGGAUAUGGCUUGGGAUUAGGCAAGUUAUGAACUCAACUGAUCGUUUACUGCUUGAAACCAGAGAUGCCGCUAGAGAAUUAAAAACCGGGAUCCACAUGCAUGUUGCAGAGAUACCCUAUGAGAAUCAAGUUGUGAUAGAUACUCGCAAAGUUGAUCAUGGGACAGUUACAUUUUUGGACAAGAUAGACUUCUUGCGAGACAACUUAUUGGCAGCUCAUACAGUUUGGGUGAAUGAUACCGAGAUUGGUUUUCUUUCAAGAGCUGGGGUCAAAGUAUCUCACUGUCCUGCCUCUGCUAUGCGAAUGCUUGGAUUUGCACGUAUAAGGGAGAUGCUCAAUGCUGGCAUCUCUGUCUCCUUGGGCACAGAUGGGGCACCAUCUAAUAAUAGAAUGAGCAUUGUUGAUGAGAUGUACCUAGCUUCUCUGAUUAACAAAGGGCGGGAAGUGUAUGCAAUGGGAACAACUGAUCCCACAGCCCUCCCUGCUGAAACAGUUCUCAAAAUGAUGACAAUUAAUGGUGCAAAAUCAGUACUCUGGGACAAUGAAAUAGGGUCACUUGAGGUUGGGAAAAAGGCUGACAUGGUUGUUGUCAAUCCUGUCUCAUGGUGUAUGGUUCCUGUUCAUGACUGGAGGAAGUUAUAUCAUUAGCAAUACAAGCUUCAAGCAAACUCUUGAGAAGAGCAGGCAUCAAAAUACCGAGCAGAAUGAACGUCCUCUGAUUGUUGGAUUAGCAAGCCCCAGCAAUGUGAUGUGGAACGUAAAAGUAUACUCUGAUGAAACGCCAUUCACCUCAUGUUUCUUGGAUGAUCAUUCCACAAAGAGGUGAUCAUGUCUCUGUUGUCUAUAAAUGCUACUGCUUAGAUAGUAGCCUUCUCUGUUGGUAAUAUCGGUCUUCUGCAUGUUGUGCUAUCUGCUGCUAAGCUGGUGGACUUGAUGCUCGUUCUAUGGGUUCCUGAAACAAAUUAUGCCAACAAUUUAAGGAUUGAAAUAAGAAACCAAGCAAUUGAUAUCAGAUUGUGUGUGUUAGCUAUGUGUGAAAUAUGAAGAAUUACUUUUAUCAUUAACAGGACAA